AAGCCUCAUCACUGCAGGACUCCCACGUGUUACACGUUGCUCCGCCUCCAAAACACUCACUUUACAGAGACUUUGGGAAAAUUAGCUGCAUUUUUAAAAAAAUAACAGCUUAGAUUAAUGUAAUUUAAAUUAUUUUUUAGACUUUUAUGGUGCUACAUGUAUGUCCUUGCUCUAAAUUAGCCCACGGUGUCCGGAGACUAUUUGCUCAAACUACAACACGUGGAUUCAUCGCUGUUUGCACAUUUUCCGGAUUCGACGGAGGAACUGAGGCAGCCGAGUGGUUUAAAACACUUCACGUCCAGCUCAAAGUCAACUGCUUAUAACAUGGAGUAUCUGCCGGAUAAAAACUCCAGCUACAAAGAAGUUGCCUACUGGGAUGACAGGUACCGGACGGAGGAGCACUAUGAUUGGUUGGGCAAUUUCUCCAGUUUUAAGCACCUUCUGGAAAAAAUCAUCAAGAAAGAAGAUUCCAUCCUCAUACUGGGUUGUGGAAACAGCAGUUUGGGUGGAGACUUGUACGAUGCCGGCUACUAUGCAAUUACCAACAUAGACUACUCCUCGGUUUGCAUCAGCGCUAUGAGUGCCAGGUACAGCAAUUGUCCUGGUAUGACCUGGCAUCAGAUGGACGUUCGUCAACUCUCCUUUGCCGAUGCAUCCUUUGAUGUUAUUCUUGAGAAGGCGACACUGGAUGCCAUCAUGGUUGAGGAGAAGUCACCAUGGGAGGUCUCUCCUGAAACUUCAUCCUUCAUUCAUCAAGCUCUCAUUGAGAUAAGUCGGUGCUUGAAACCCGGAGGCUGCUUCGUCUCCAUUACGUUCGCGCAGCCCUUCUUCAGGAAACGUCUCUACGCGCGGACCGUGUACAACUGGUCAGUCAGACAUGACAGUUACGGCGAGGGCUUUGAGUAUUUUGUGUACGUAAUGACCAAAGGAGAGCAGCUCAGCCCAGAAGAUGCGGCUCUGGAACAGAGGCUUCUGGAGGAACCCAAAUCCCAACCCGCCAGCUGUCCCACCCCUCAAGAUGAAGAGAAUAAUGACUUCCUGUGCAAUAUUAACUUAUGAUGUUGCUGAAAUGUGGACGUUGAUCUCAGGAAUAUUUUAUGUCUUAUCCUACAGAAGCAGAAGAGAAGUGACAGAUUUAUUACUUUCAGUGUUGAAAAUAAUUUUAAACACACUUUUAUCUCAGUUUUUAGUAUUUUUAAUGUUUUAGCUUUUGUAAACCUUUAUACAUGCUGUUGCUGCAAUAGAAAUAUUUCUGCAAAUUCAUUUGAUUGUGAUCAGGACUGAUUUUUGUCAAAUUUAAUUUUAGGAUUGUAUUUUUGUUCACACAACUCAACUGUAUCGGUCUAGCCAUAAAUCAAAUGGUUGCCUUAAGCGUAGUUUUAGGUUAGGUUUAGUAAAAAGUGAACAAGCCACAGCUGAAAAAACAAGCAGCCUUUUGAGGAUUAAUUUUUUUUCUUCCUGAUGGAAACAUUUCAGUGUUUUCCAUACAUUUUUUCAACUGAAAGGAGCAAGCUGGUGUAACAUGAGAUACUGGCAUUAGAUAAAAAAAAUCAUUUCAGGGAUACCAUUGUUUUUAAAAUUACUAAUUUAGCACUGACAUAUUGUUAAUGCGUCUCAAAAAUGUACUAAAUUGAGGUUUGAGAUCUUAAUAGAAUGAGAUGUAGAAAAAGUUCAAAAAGCUCUUAAAUGGUAAAAGUACUACAAAACGUAACCAUCCAGCAGCGGAUGGUUAUUUAUGAUCCGUUGUGAAUCCCCUCCUGGAUGUGUCAGAGGUUUUGGUCUUGCUCUUGGUUCUACUUCAUAUCGUAAUCACAAACAAAAUCCCUGCAGGUUCGCAUCCAGCUCCAGUGUUUUGCCUUCCAGUGUGAGUUUGCCACGUUUAAGCGAUUUGCAAAACAAACCAUCGCGUCUCAAUCCGACACCUGAGAGCCGCAGCAUUCUGCCUGUUGAGAAGGUGUUAAAACUCCAUCAGUAUGUCUGUCAGCGUCCUCCUCUCGUCUGCUGCUGGUGUCGGUUUUAUGUUCAGCACAAAAGCUUCAAGGUGCUUCAUGCCACGUCUCACACAGCUGUCAAGCAGCAUUUAUGCACAUGUGCUUCCACCUACAAGAAACGCCCCACCCUGCAUGUUAUUUGUUCGAGACACUCGAUACUGGGUGUUGGGUCAUGUGCUCCCCUGCUGCUUAAAUAUAGCCCAUUAACGGCACACACAGCCAUGCGUGCAGACAGGGAGGAGGAUUUCUGACUGGAGGGGAGGGGAUCGCAUUAAUAAAGUAGAAAUCAUUUAUUUUUAAUACUCCACCGAGAUCUAAUUAACGCCUAUUUUUAAGACUUUCGGCGUGAAGAUGUGAUUUUUCUGAAGGCUGCUCUUUCCUUACACGGUUAGCUUGUUGGAGGAACAUGAUGGUUUGGUCAGCUUCAGCGCUGUUGUUUAUCAGACUAUUCUCACUGUAUGGUCUACUGUUUUUAGCUGGCAUCGCAAAAAUAAAAUUAUACAUAUUUAAUGGGCUUACAAUAUUAAUGAGCUAAAUGAAGUACAAUGCUUUGUUCCAGACAGAGAUUUCUUUCUUUCUUUUUUCUUUUUUAAUGCAACUUUAGAUGAAGCUGCUAAUUAUGAGAUUGUCAUGUUUUCAGUAACAUCCAAAGCUGCCUUUCCUGCUCCGCGGUGCAAAUUAAAUGCCUUACCAUCCAAAAAGGCCUUUUAAACUAACCCUGUGGCCUAUUACUAAUCAUUAUGUGUAUAUUAUUGUUUCAGUUUCAGAGGCUAGAAACUGCUUCGUGUGUAUAACCAGCUGAAAAGCCGAUGCUGUGUAAUCUACAGACUCAGUAGCUGUUUACAGUUCUGUUGUUGUGUUGUAUUAACGCAUUAUUCUCAUGCUGUCUUUCCAAGUUGACUGUUAACAUUAUGUGCAGAAAUACAAACUUAUUUCAAGAUGUACAAACGUACACUGUGAAAAAGAAAAAAAAAAAAAGUUCUAACAUUAACAGUACAUGCAUACUUAGUGUGCGCCAUUUGUAUUUGCAUAAAGAUGCUUCCAGUGUUUUAAAAUAAAUACAUGUUUUACAUGCAGUGUCCUAAUAUCGCUAUAAAAUUCUUAGCAAUUUUUCUACAGAAAAAUGA